AUGUCUGUCUGUAUGUCGGUCAUGGUCAUGAGUUGUCUCCCCGUCAGGCGGUGUUAAGUCUCCCCAUUUAAUAGGUUCCCGUUCGAAAAACAAACACAUCUGACUUUAUUAAUACACAUAUAUAUAUAUAUAUAUACGUUUGUAGUUUACGAACGGGAGAAAGGAACGAGUAGAGAGAAAGGAGUACUCAAUACACAGUGUUUAAUUGGAAGAAUCUGAUGAUUCACUUCGACCGUACUCAGAGUUUUUCUCUAUACUUGUGUAGCCUUACACUACCAAAUCCUUCCUCCACGUCUCCGUUCCUCUUCUCUUAAGCCUCCUCCUCGUCAUCUCCUGGAAAUAAUUGCUGAAGAAAAUUGAUCCCUCACAGAUGUGUCAAAAUGUCUUUCUCGGUGAUUGUAUAGACAUGGAAGAUUGGAAGAUUCUAGAAGAAAAUCACCAAGUACACCAGCCCCUAAUGAAAUCCACCUCAUAAAGCACCGAAACUGAAGGACAACAAAUUACAAAGAACUCUGAGAAAUAUACAAGAAACUGAUCGAACCGAUUCCUUGGCUACAAUUGGUAAUCUUCCUACAGCUGUUUUAAAAUUUCUCAAGCAGGAGAGAACAUAACCCCACCCCACUCUCAGACAAUCACAACAUCGUUUCAGGCCCUGUGUCCUCCACUCUGACGUGGUUCACUGACUUUCUCAAUACAACAUGGCUGAUGUAUUGGUCAAGAUGUGUCACUGUCAGAUAUGUGGUUCUUCGUUAUCAACGUUGAGUCUCUUAAGACGGCACAAGUUGAUCCACGAGGGUCAGCGACCAUACCAGUGCAAUGUAUGCUCUGCUGCGUUCUUACAGAGCAGUGAUCUAAAGAAACACAACAUGAUUCAUACAGGGGAGAAACCAUUCACCUGCUACACGUGUGGGGCAGCGUUUUCACGCAACAGUUCUCUCAAACAACACGGCCUCACUCAUACAGGGCAGAAACCAUUCAAAUGCGAAGAGUGCCCCUCUGCAUUCUCGACGCGUAGUUUACUCAAACGUCACCACAUGAAUCACACAGGCUUGAAGCCGUUCAAGUGUGACCUUUGUUCAGCAGCGUUCACUCAAAACUGUGACCUCAAGAAACAUCGCAUGAUCCACACCGGUGAGAAACCCUAUAAAUGCGAUUAUUGUUCAGCUGCUUUCUCUAGGAAUUCUUCACUGAAGCAGCACCACCGGACACACACAGGUGAGAAACCGUUCCAGUGUGAAGUUUGUCCGGCUGCUUUCUCUACAUACAGUCUCUUGAAGCGACAUCGAAUGAGCCAUAGCAGUGAAAAACCUUUCAAAUGUGAAUUGUGUCCUGCACAAUAUUCUCAAAGUAGUGAUUUAAAAAAACACCAACGUGUGCAUACAAGGAACACCUAAAGCAGUUACCUUGAUAUUUUAUUGUUCCUCCAUUCGUGUGGAAGGCUGAGGCUUCACUUGCAGAAAAGAUUCUGUUUAAUGACAAAAAAGCAAACAAACAAAAUACAAAAGCAACCCCAGUUUGGUUCCAUUGAGCAGUGUAAGGGCUAGGGCUAUAUCUUGAUGAAGAGUUUAGUGAUGUUGUGGCUCUCAUUUCCUGAAGAAAAAAAAACAGGAAUCAAGGAUUGUAAUGUUACAUACUGUUAAUCUAUGGGAUUAUAUUUAAAGUUGACUAAGUGUGUGUGUGUGUGUGUGUGUGUGUGUGUGAUAUAUGUAUUUCAGAUCUGUGAUGUCGGGUGCUUUGCUAAAGAAAAAGAAGAGAAAAAAAAACACUGUUAUCUCCAGACCUUAUCAAUCUAUGGUAUCAUAGGGGUCACUUCACCAAACAGGUGUGAUUAAGGGGAAUAAAAUUACAUUUCCUUUUUGUUUUAUUCAUUCAUUUUUA